GUCAGCCUUGGUCGGGGCGGUUUGUUUUGCGGCACGUGCGAAGGGGUAUCGUAAACAUUCCAAUAGCACGGCAAGUGAGUCCUCAAGGCAAAGCUAUGGUCGAAUAUGGCUUUCAGGUCAAAUUAAACCAUAAAUUUCCGGAAAGCUGGGAUGCCAACAUUCGCCCCCGAUUGCAUCAAGUAUGGGGUUUUCUGGUUCUUGGUCUCAGAUACCUGGUGUGGUAUGUUGGAAUGUGGUUCCAUGGAAAGAAGCCCUUUAUAGACCAACUUCAUCCUGUCACUGGAAAACAGAUAUAUGGCGUACCCCUGGGCGGGAUCGGCUCGGGCACGAUGGGCCGCGGUUUCCGCGGCGAGUUCACCCGGUUCCAGAUGCGGCCGGGCCUGUACGACUACGGCACGGCCGACGCCGACCAGUUCAUCGUCAGCGUGGCUGGCCGGGCCGGCGGCCGCGCGCGCUACCAGCAGGUGCUGAGCGCGUGCGACGCGCCGGCCGACCGGCUGUCGGCCUGGCGCUGGGCGUUCCCCGGAGACCUGGCCUCGUACCGCGGCCUGUAUCCGCGCUCCUGGACCGUCUUCACGCUGCCCGGCGAGGACCUGCAGCUGACGGUGCGGCAAGUCUCGCCCGUCAUACCGCACAACUACAAGGACACGUCUCUACCGUGUAGUGUGUUCGUCUGGGACAUCGAGAAUACAGGCGACGAACAGAAGGACGUCAGCGUCACCUUCACGUUCGAGAACGGGACAGGGUGCAAGAACUCCAGUGCGGAGUGCAGCGUCGCGCCGUUCGGUUCGGAGCAGCACUCGGCCGGCGGCGUCUGCGGCAUGGCCAUCGACCAGGAGAUCGCCGGCGUCCCGUGUCGGUACGCGCUGGCCGCCCGGCUCAAGGAUGACGUGGCCGUCAGCAGAGGGUCGUUUGACCCGACGGGAAAUGGGCUUGACCUUUGGAAUGAGCUGGCUCAGACCGGGAGUCUGACCUUACAGACGGACAAAGCGCACGGGCCAGAUGUGGGCGUGGCGGUGAGCGCUCGAGUAACGGUGCCGGCCGGCGAACGCCGCUCUCUGGAGAUGAGUCUAGUGUGGCACAUGCCCGAGGUCCACUUCCUGGGAGGGGAACGCCGCGUCAGCAGGUACUACACCAAGUGGUUCGAGACGGGCCGGCAGGGCGCCGACCAGCUCAGCCGGUACGCGUUGGACUGCUUCUCGAGCUGGGAGAGCGACAUCGAGGCCUGGCAGCGGCCCGUGUUGACCGACCCAGAUCUGCCCGACUGGUACAAGUCGGCCAUCUUCAACGAGCUGUACUACAUAUCAGACGGCGGCAGUCUGUGGAUCCGGAUGCCCGGGGAGGAUCAGCUGCCUGAGACGGACCCCAGGCGGGAGUACGGCCGGUUCGGGUACCUCGAGUCGCACGAGUACAUCAUGUACAACACGUACGACGUGCAUUUCUACUCGUCGGCGGCGCUGGUCCAGCUCUGGCCGCAGCUGCAACUCUCCCUGCAGUACGACAUGGCCGAGUUUGUGGCGCAGGAGGACCCGGAGACCCGCACCAUGCUCUACAGCGGCCAGACGGCGCCCCGGAAGAGGGCCAACACAGUGCCGCACGACGUCGGCAACCCGGGCAUGCCGGGUGAGAUGCCGUUCUGCAAUAUCAACAGCUACCAGAUUCAUGACGUGUCGGCGUGGAAGGACCUGAACCUCAAGUUUGUCCUGCAGGUGUACCGCGAUCUGCGGGUGACGGGCGACCGACGCUACCUGCGGCACAUGUGGCCCACCUGCUGCGCCGUCAUGAACGUGGCGCGGGCCUGGGACACGGACGGCGACGGCAUGAUCGAGAACUCGGGAAUGCCCGACCAGACGUACGACACGUGGGUCAUGGAGGGUGUCAGCGCCUACUGUGGCGGUCUCUGGAUCGCCGCCCUCUACACCAUGAGGGAGAUGGCGCGCGAGCAGGCGCUAGCCGAGCAGGUCGACCUGUACGACGCCAUGCUCACCAAGGCGCAGAAGGUGUACAUCGAUAAGCUCUGGACCGGCUCGUACUACCGGUUCGACUCGUCGGCCAGCGGACACGCCCAGUGCAUCAUGGCAGACCAGCUGUGCGGCCACUGGUACCUGAGGUCCUCUGACGUCACAGAGCCGGUGUUCAGCCACGUGGAGACGGCGCUGCGCACGGUGUACGAACACAACGUGCUGCUGUUCCGCGAUGGCCGCCAAGGCGCCGUCAAUGGCAUGAUGCCCGACGGCCAGGUCAACGAGCACACCAUGCAGAGCGAGGAGACGUGGACCGGCGUCACGUACGCCCUGGCCGCCGCCAUGCUGCACGAGGGCAUGGUCGAGGAGGGGUUCCGCACGGCCGAAGGCAUCUACCGCACCGUGUAUGAGCGGAUCGGCCAGGGCUUCGAGACGCCCGAGGCACUCUACCCGGAGAAGCACUACCGCGCCGUCGGGUACAUGCGCCCGCUCAGCAUCUGGGCCAUGCAGCACGCCUGGGAACAGCGGCGCCGGGCCGCUGGUGACGCCGUCUAGCGGCGACACGGGGAACUAGCACCUGCUUUCGGCACCGCUGCGUGGCGCGCCGGACGCCGGGAGUCGUGUGGGGUUUAGAGUGUGAGUAUGUGUGUGAGACUGGCUAGACAGCGUAUAAUCCGUGCGUCCCGUGUCUUAAGUUUGGCUAAAUGAUUAUAUAUCUGCUAGUCAAACUUUGCUGAUCGCGUGCUUGAUAUUAACGCCGCAAUCCGUCUGUGAUUACUGGCCAUGUCAGCAUGGCGCGUCGGAUGUAAAUAGUUGCAAGUGUAAGGCUUUCGCCAAUCACUCUCAACAUCUGAUGAACAUAGCGUUUUGUCUCAGCUUGAUUACAACUCAUUUAUUGUCCUCGAUACUGAGCAUGAUUUGGCUACGCUGGAUGGAAAUGGUCGUAGUGAGAAGCUGAUCACACUGGCGCCGUGCAGCUGACCACGUUGCAGCAUCUGUGGUGCACUUCUCAGGGCUGGUGUUGGACCACUGUCUUGGUGGCCUUGAUAGUUUUGCAACGCAUUAUAGUGCUGUGGCCGGUGACAACUGACCGUCGUGGGACUACUCCGUGAUGAGCAUUCUAGCACUGCUGUAGUGUCAUCAGCAUUGAAACUGGCUUGUUCCGGGCGGCGACCCCAACAUGCAGGACCACUGAACACAUGCAAUAACAGUUGUACAUUAUCAAGGUCAGUGAUCAACAUGCAAAAGGUGAAGGUCCAAAAACAAAACGCAAGGCGAAAAAGACACUCGAAAUCAAUGUGCCAGUACUACACGACUGCCAAGCAACUGCUGAUACCUCGCCACAGUUAUGUUUGCGCCGAUCUCCUCUCCGCUAUGAUGUGCCAGAGAAUACCCGUUGCGCUGUGUCUGGAUGCUGUGGAGUCUGAUCGGUGCUGCCCCCCGUGCUCCUCCCCAGAGCCUCGCUCGUUUUCCUUUGCUGCGCCGCGCGCCCGGCCCGGCCCAACCAGCUCCGCCCUGCUGGCGGCCGUACUGUGCCUUCCUGCCCCCCCCCCCCCCCCCCCAGACGCGCUGUGCCUUCGUCCGCGGAUGUCUGGUGCUGUCCGACCGUCGGCCGCUGCUGGGACAGUGUGCAGUGCUGUGUAGCAUCUAGCGCUGAUCCCCGACGGUGUCCGGUGCUGUGUAGCACCCAGUCGUGAUCCCCGACAGUGUCCGGUGCUGUGUAGCACCCAGUCGUGAUCCCCGACAGUGUCCGGUGCUGUGUAGCACCCAGUCGUGAUCCCCGACAGUGUCCGGUGCUGUGUAGCACCCAGUCCUGAUCCCUGACAGUGCCCGGCGCUGUGUAGCAUCCAGUCCCGAUCCCUGGCAGUGGCCGGCGCUGUGUAGCAUCCAGCCCUGGUCCCCGACAGUGUCCGGUGCUGUGUAGCAUCGGGAACUAACCCAUCGCCCCAACGCCGUGCACGUGCGCUCCUGUCGUUUGUGUCUGCUUCGCAACAAUUCGGCGCAAUGGCCGAGACAAAUAUGCUUGUUGUCCGAGCGGCGUUGCGCUUGUGAGGUCAGCGCGUGCCUUCUUCGCCAUCUCCACAUGAGAUGUGUGUGGUGCUGCUUAGGUGAGGGCGUUGUGCAGCCAGCUUUACACCUCCAGCGCGCCUUGUCGCGUGUGUGUAUUGUGCGUUGUCCAGCCGAGAAGUGGACGGAACGCCGGCUGGCCGUGCGGCCGCGCCUCGCUGACCGGCGGGCCGGUGCGCCGUCACCGGGUCGGUAGCGGUAAGCAGUUCAGCUGCGCGCACUUGCCAUGCCAGGUGUGACGUCAUUGGUGCUACCGCAGUGCAUUGUCUGCAUGUAAGUUCACGCGCAGGCCCGUUUGCGCUCUGCUGUUUUUCACUCUGCCGUGCGUGCUUCACCUGUGAUUUAAUAUAAUCCAAUCGGUAAGUGUAAUCCGUUUCGUGUCUUGUAUGUAAUCAAGCCUCUGUCAAUUAUGUCUUGCCCUUCAUAUGGAUGACAUCCGCAGAACUCUUCACGCACGCUCCAGCUUUACGGAAGCCAUGAUCGUUGGUGCUUUUAAUAUUGUUGUACUCAAUAAAAUCGGAUCGGCUUCAGAUGGAAA